AUGAAUCGAGAGGAAGAUCAGAUAGGUGCACCUGAGCCUCGUCCACUGCAUCCGGAGUUCUCUAGAAGACCGUUCGAUACGUCUCUUCUGGUGAGGUAUCAAGAUCACGUUGCUCGCAAUUUGUGGUUCAACGAAAUAAGAGCGAGUUACGAAGAAUUGAAGAUUGUUGCACAUGGUAGCAAAUUGAUCGGAUGGGUUCCGCACAGUCUUCCACCGAGAACCACUUUGUCGAUGAUAGAUCAGAAUUUAGUAUCAAUAUUUAUGGAGAGAUGGCAUCUAGAAACAUCAUCUUUUCAUAUGUCAUUUGGCGAGAUGACCAUUACAUUGGAAGAUUCUUCUUGUCUUCUUCAUUUAGCGUGUAGGGGAGAUUUUUGUAGCCCUACACAUGGUUCCACUGAUUUUGAUGGUAUUAAUCUAGUCAUUAAUCUGUUGGGUGUUUCGUUGAAGGAGACAACUGAAGAGGUUCGUAGUUGUAUAGGUGCUUAUUAUAGGUUGGAUUGGUUUGAGAGGCAUUGUUCAUCACUAUUUAGGGACUUUCCUGGAUGUGAUAGAUAUAUAGGAGAUGCUUCCUUUUAUACUUGCAAGCAGCUUGGAGGAUAUGCCUCUCUGCUACAGUGUUGGAUUCAUGAGUAUUUUCCAACUGUUGGAAAGAGAGGAUUUUCUAAGAUUGUUGGUAUUGGUAGUCCACUUCCUAGGGCGAUGAAAUGGAUGUACAAGCAAGACACACAUAAGGUUGAUGAGCUCAGGCCUAUGUUGGAUGGAUUGACACACGUUGAUGUCAUUUGGCGCCCUUUUGAGGAUCAUAGACAACACCAACCAUUUGAUGAUAUAUGCUUGUACAGGGGUGACUUGAAAUGGUAUGACACAAUUGUAUUAUAUUUAUCUGACAGAUGUUUGCGUCAGUUUGGAUAUAGGCAGUACAUACUGCCUCCACCUCCUGAUGUUGACACACUUGAUGUGGAUGUUGAGUGGAUUACAUAUCAUGCGAGUAUGAUGGAUGUCAUUCGUCUGACAGUUUCCGCUGCCACCUCAUAUGAUGUAGCGGUCGAUUACUUGGAUUGGUACUACAUGGUGUCACAUCCUCGUUUGGUACCACCACCUCGACGGGAGAUGAGACAGGUCCUGGUUCAUGCAUAUGAUGAAAGACCGUCAGAUCUGAGGCUAUCAUUCAUUUCACAUGAGCUGUGUUGUGACUUAUAUCGUCACGAGGCGGAAGAGGAUGACAAUGAAUUUUGUUGA